CCUCGACUAUUUCAUAUUUCACAAAUGAUAAUGUGAAUAAAGACCCCUCAAAAAGUAACAGUUAUGCGCACUUAAGAUAGGGUCGUUAUAUAAUAAAAAAUAAUACAAAACAGUCAAUGACUAUAUACACGAGAUGACACAAAUAUCAGUGGCAAUCAAUUACCUUACAAGUUAACCAUUUAUUAGAUCAUGUAAAUACGAAGAUGCUAAAAUAAAUAAAUUUCCAGGGAUAUCAUCAUACCCACGGAUUAAACAAAAAGAGUAAAAGGUACAUCACCCAAAGAUCACAUGCCUCGCCGCGGAUGCAGUAAAACGAAAAGGGGAGGGAGAGGAGGGCAUCAGGAAAGAGGCAGAAGGAACAGGUUUGAAGGAAAUGAAAGUGAAACUGCAGCAGUAUUAGAAGAUGAUGCAUUGAGAAGAUUAUCUAUAAAGGAUAGAAAGGCAUCAGAGGAUGACAGUGAUGGAUCUGAAACAUCCGAUAAGAACAUCGAAGGCGCCGUGGCUGACUGUGAGCUUGAGAAAUCUGAUGAUGACGACAGUAGUGCAGAUGAGAAGGAGAGGAUGGAGAUUGAAGAUAUCACUUACCCUGUGGCCAUGUGGGAGCUUGGACACUGUGACCCAAAGAGAUGCUCGGGAAGGAAAUUGGCACGGUUUGGGAUGGUGAGGCUUCUUAAGCUGGGCCACAGGUUCAGUGGGAUGGUUCUCACACCAGUUGGGAAGAAGUGUGUUUCACCUGAAGAUGCAAGCAUUCUCCUAGAGCAUGGUAUAGCUGUGGUAGAUUGCUCUUGGGCUAGACUGCAAGAGACACCCUUCAACAGAAUGAAAGCAGCACAUCCACGACUCCUUCCUUACCUAGUGGCUUGUAAUCCUGUUAACUAUGGGAUUCCCUGUAAGCUGUCCUGUGUAGAAGCUUUUGCAGCAACGAUGUACAUUUGUGGUGAGAAGUUGGCAGCAGCCCUUUACCUAAGUAAAUUCAAAUGGGGCAAGACAUUCAUUAAUAUAAACAAGGAAUUACUGGAUAAAUAUGCAGCCUGCAAGAACAGCACAGAAGUGGUUGAAGUGCAGAAUAAAUACCUUGAGGAGCUUGAUAAAGAAGCUUGCAGAGAAAGAGAUGAGAUUGAUUUACCACCGUCAGAAUCUGAAGAAGAGGAAGAAGAGGAAGAGGAAAACGUAGUAGAAGAGGGAGAUGGUUGAUAAAUCAUUUGCAAUUAGAUAUUUGUAAAAAAAUAAAAAAUCACAUGAAAUAAAUAUUGUUUCAGAAUUUGCUUCUAGAUUUUUUGUUAAAAUUUUAACAUUUGUGAAUAUGCGAGGGGCAAAAUUGUUACUGCUAUUUUAUAAAUAGUUAUAGUUAAGAUAUAAUUACAGAUUAAUAGACAUCCGGUGUGAAUUAUAUUGUGAUGCUGAAUGGAAAUAAAUUUGAAUUGAAUUGUUAAA